UCCUUCCCGACGGACGGACGGUUUACGGAGUUUGUGCGAUUUCUUGUGCGAGCAGGAAACCCAGAAGUGAGAGGAGCUUUUUGGAUACAAAAAUCGAAUAGAAAACAAAACACCCACCCAAAACAUCCAUCCAAAAUGGGCAACAUACACACUACGGGUCCGAAUGAGGCGUUAAUUGUUUCAGGUGGCUGCUGCGGCUCGACGAAGAAGCGAACCAUCGUCGGCGGAUGGGCCUGGGCCUGGUGGCUGGUGACGGACGUGCAGCGGCUGUCGCUGAACGUGAUGACCCUGAAUCCGAUGUGCGAGAACGUGGAGACGGCCCAGGGCGUGCCGCUGACCGUGACGGGCGUUGCCCAAUGCAAGAUCAUGAAGUCAUCUUCGUAUAAGAAUAACGAUUAUAAUAACGACGAGGCCGACGAGCUGCUGGGCACUGCUAGCGAGCAAUUCCUGGGCAAGAGCGUCAAGGAGAUCAAGCAGACCAUACUGCAGACCCUCGAGGGACACCUGCGCGCCAUAUUGGGAACGCUUACAGUCGAAGAGGUGUACAAAGACCGCGACCAGUUCGCGGCCUUGGUGCGCGAGGUGGCCGCACCUGAUGUGGGUCGCAUGGGCAUCGAGAUACUGUCCUUCACCAUCAAGGAUGUCUACGAUGAUGUGCAGUACCUGGCCUCGCUGGGCAAGGCGCAGACCGCUGUGGUGAAGCGCGACGCCGAUGCCGGAGUGGCGGAGGCCAAUCGAGAUGCCGGCAUACGGGAGGCCGAGUGCGAGAAGAGCGCCAUGGAUGUCAAGUACUCGACGGACACCAAGAUCGAGGAUAAUACGCGCAUGUACAAGCUGCAGAAGGCCAACUUCGAUCAGGAGAUCAACACGGCCAAGGCCGAGUCGCAGCUGGCGUACGAGCUGCAGGCGGCCAAGAUCCGUCAGCGCAUCCGUAACGAGGAGAUCCAGAUCGAGGUGGUCGAGCGGCGCAAGCAGAUCGAGAUCGAGUCCCAGGAGGUGCAGCGCAAGGACAAAGAGCUCACUGGCACCGUGAAGCUGCCAGCCGAGGCGGAGGCCUUCCGCCUCCAGACCCUGGCCCAGGGCAAACAGUGCCAGACCAUUGAGGGCGCCCGUGCCGAGGCGGAGCGCAUCAGGAAGAUUGGCGCGGCCGAGGCACACGCCAUCGAGCUGGUCGGCAAGGCCGAGGCGGAGCGCAUGCGGAUGAAGGCUCAUGUCUACAAGCAGUACGGCGAUGCUGCCAUCAUGAGCAUCGUUCUCGAAUCACUGCCCAAGAUUGCUGCCGAGGUGGCUGCUCCGUUGGCCAAGACUGAGGAGAUUGUUCUGAUCGGCGGCAAUGACAACGUGACCAACGAUGUGACCCGCCUGGUGGCCCAGCUGCCGCCAUCGAUCAAUGCCCUCACCGGUGUGGAUCUGUCCAAGGUGCUGGCCAAGAUACCCGGAGCCAAGGCGUGAGACCUAAUGGAGUGGGACAUCCAGCAAAUGGCAAUGACAACGUAACGCAACGCAAAGGAAUUGUAACUGACAAGGAACCAGCAAAAUACAGAAAGAUGGAGCUAGACAGAGAGAGAGAGAGAGAGAGAGAGAGAGGUGCAGCGAGAUAGAGAGAGAGAAAGAGCGUGGAGCAGGCAUUUGUUAGAGCGAGACGCAGCAGCAGAAGCAUUAGGAGAACGUGAACGAGAGGCGUUGAACAUAGCAAAAUGUACUCCGAUAUUAUAUUUAUAUGUAUAUUCAGAUACAAGCAGAUGUGCCUGUCCUUUUGUCUGUGUCUGUGUGUGUCCGUGUGUGUCCGUGUGUGUCCGUGUGUGUCCGUGUGUGUGUGUGCGCUUGAGUUAAGUAACAAUCAAAAAGUGAAGGUUAAUCUCAGCUUAAGUUAUGCAUUUUGUGGCCUUUUCUCCAGUUAAACAGAAUCAAAUGCAAACAGAAAAGUGCAGAGUCUUAGCUACUCACAAACAUAUAUUUAAAUGUAUAUUUACACACAUCUACACCAUGUAUACAUGUAUAUGUACUAUAUAUACAUACAUAAAGUACAGUCUAUGAAUUAUACUUACAUCUCUACUUAAGCUACGAAAUUGUUCUUCGAGCCAGCCACUGGGGGCCGCCGGCCACAUUUGUGAAGCUCGCUUCCAUUGCCAAAAACAGUGUUGUGCAACACACUCUCUCUCUCUCUCUCUCUCUCACUGCACAGCUAUUUGCAUUUCCAAACUGUUCAAACUACUGAAACUGCCCACGAAUGGACCAAAGGAGCGUGAGAGAGAGAGAGAGAGAGCGAGAAUCAAUCAAUUUCGGAUAGUUGUCGCUGCACAACACUGUUUCAUCUCCAGCUUGAGCUCUUCCAACACACACAAACACACUCAGACACGUGCACACAGUGCUCUCGAAUCGCAUUUGUAUUCAGUUUUUUGUGCACAAAGAGGAACACAAUUGUGUCCACCAUUUUAUGUCCUACCUUAACCGUAUUUUAUUUAUCCAUGUUAUGUUAUCACCCAGUGUGGGUCCUACUUUACGCAUUGUUUCUCGUUUUUUUUUUGUUUUGUUUUCUUUUGUUCUCUUUGAAUUAAUAUUACUACAAUUAUUAUGAUACUUUAUACGUUUGUACACCUUUUAGCGAAACUAACAAAAAUGAUAUACCAAAAACGAAAAGCAGCAAGAAAAGUAGAAGAGGGGCAAUCGUUUUGGUUAAACUGGAAUUUAGUUAAAGCAAUUUUUGUCAUAUUUUUCGAUUGUUCUUUGCAUUUGUUUUCUAGCGUAAUUAAGCUUAAUUUGUUUAAGCCAUAUCCCAAAUGAUUAUCCAAAGUAAGCACACAUUUUGCAUACGUAUCAGUAAUACGCACACACACACACACACACACACCAACAACAACAUAUACACACAUACAUGCAUCUAUUUUUUUUCCUACUGUAUAUUAAGUGCAAGUAAUUUACAUAAAUCGUAAUGCCGCGCACCGGAAACAGCUGGAGUGCAGGAAAAAAAAACAUAUAAACGAAGAGAAACUAAACUAAAUACUAAAACUAAAUAAAUCAAAUCUUACAUUUUG